GGAAGCGUGGCACCGGUCUGUCAAUCAACUGUUACAUCUCAUGAGACAUAUCCUGAGGUUGUUGUGGCCACGAGCACAGGUUUUAACACAGAGAAACGUUAAACGGAACUUUCACGCCAGUCGUGUGCUAUUUUGUGCGAGGUCAACUUCUCACGUGUUAAAAACACCGUCAGAUAUCAUGGAUCACGAAAUAGAAGAAAUGUUAGCACCUCUGAGGGUCGCUGUUAAGGAACAGGGAGAUAUCGUGAAGAAACUGAAGGAAGACAAAGCUCCAGAUAUAGAUAUCCAGAAAGCUGUGUCUGAACUCAAACACAGAAAGAAGACCCUGGAAGAUAAGGAAUUAGAACUGGGAGCUAAGGACAAUAUUGACAGAGGGAAGAUGGAAGAUUUACUCAAACAGAAGUUUUUCUAUGACCAGUCUUUUUCUAUUUAUGGAGGUGUGAACGGUCUAUAUGACUUUGGACCAAUGGGCUGUGCUGUCAAAGCCAACAUCCUACAGACCUGGAGGAACUUCUUUGUCCUGGAGGAACAGAUGCUGGAAGUUGAUUGCUCAAUGUUAACUCCAGAGCCAGUCUUAGUAGCCUCAGGUCAUGUUGAGAGGUUCCAAGACUACAUGGUAAAGGACCUCAAGAACGGAGAUUGUUACAGAGCCGAUCAUCUGAUUGAAGCCACAUUUGAAAAGAUGUUAACAGACAAAAAAGUGGACGCAGACACGAAGACUGAAAUCCGAAAUCUUAUGCCAUUAAUUGAUGGCAUGUCAAAGGAAGACAUGGGCAAGACAAUAGUGAAGUACAACAUGAAGUCUCCCCUCACCAACAAUGACCUGUCAGAACCCAUGGAGUUCAACCUCAUGUUCUCCACAGCCAUCGGCCCCACUGGGCAUAUCAAAGGCUUCCUUCGACCAGAGACCGCCCAGGGAAUCUUUGUCAACUUCAAGCGACUGUUGAACUUUAAUCAGGGAAAGCUCCCAUUUGCUGCUGCUCAGAUUGGCAAUGCAUUCAGAAAUGAAAUCUCGCCCAGAUCAGGGCUACUUAGAGUCAGAGAAUUCACUAUGGCAGAAAUCGAGCACUUCUGUGACCCGAAUCAGAAGGACCACCCAAAGUUCAGCAAUGUGGCGGACUUGGACGUGGUGCUGUAUUCUGCCUGUAACCAGAUGGAUGGAAAGUCCCCCCAGGUGUGGAAGCUGGGAGAGGCAGUCAAACAGAAACUGAUAGCCAAUGAGACACUUGGCUACUUCAUGGGACGGAUCCAGAUGUUCAUGUUGAAGUGUGGCAUUGACAGGAAGAAGCUGAGGUUCAGACAGCACAUGUCCAACGAGAUGGCUCAUUACGCCUGUGAUUGCUGGGACGCAGAAUGCAAAACUACUUAUGGUUGGGUGGAGUGUGUGGGCUGUGCAGACAGAUCGUGCUAUGACCUGAACCAGCACUCCAAGGCAACGGGGACCAAAUUAGUGGCAGAGAAGAAGCUGCAAGAACCCAAGGAGGUUGAUGUGGUGGAGUGUACGUCCAACAAGGGAAGUCUGGGUAAAGUCUUCAAGAAGGACGCCAAGGCUAUUGGGGAAUACCUGGCUGCGCUCAGUGUCGAGGACUGUGAUAGGAUAGAAAAGGAACUGUCCACCAAUGGUGAAUCUCAGAUUACAGUAGGAACCCAAACCUUCACCCUCAAGUCUGACAUGGUGACCAUCAAACGCUACACCAAAAAGGUCCAUGUUGAAGAGAUUGUUCCGUCCGUGAUAGAGCCCUCGUUUGGUGUCGGACGUGUCAUGUAUUCUGUGUUUGAACACAACUUUAAGAUCAGAGAGGGUGAUGAACAGAGAUCGUUCCUGUCACUGCCUGCCAUCAUUGCUCCCUACAAGUGUUCGGUUCUGCCACUCAGUAACAAGGACAGCUUCGUGCCCUUUGUCCAGGAACUCUCUAAGGCCCUGACUUUUAAUGAUAUCUCCCAUCGUGUGGAUGACAGCAGUGGCUCCAUCGGGAAGAGAUACGCUAGGACGGACGCCAUUGCUAUUCCCUAUGGUGUGACCAUAGAUUUUGACUCACUGAAUGCUCCGCACACUGCCACUCUACGAGAGAGGGACAGCAUGAAGCAGAUCAGGGCACCAUUGGAGGAAAUUCCCCUCAUUGUGAAGGCGCUAUCCAUUGGACAAAGGACUUGGGAGGAUGUACUGAACAAUUACCCUCUGUUUGAACAACAGGAAGCAACAAAGGAGAAAUGAGGAUGAAAGCUGAUAGACAAAAACUGAACCUAAGCCACUUUAGUGCAUGCAAUGCUGUCUCUUUGGAAACUAAGGGGGAAAAAACUAAAAAUUUUCAUUGUCAUGGCAUUUUGAUGAAGUUAUUUUGGAGAAGUGCUACAUAGUGAUGAUAGUGAUGAAAUAAGAAAUUCAUAGCCAUGUAAUAGCAAAACUGUUGGUGUAUACUUUACUGCAAUGGUAUAUCAUAAAAAGAAAGGUUUAUAAAUACAUGGUACUUUAAGUGUAAUGAAAAAACAAUGUAGAUUCAUCGAAUAAACAUUGGUGCAGUUUUGUAGAGAAUGAUGAAAAUUAUCUGUACAUUAUGAAAAUGCAGUCAUAUAUUUCUUUUUGAGAUUUUUUUUAAUACAGUACAAUUGUAUCUGUACUUGCUUUGUUAUUUCAAACUGAUAGAAAACAGACAACUGUGACCUUGUGACAGUAACCUCAAUAAUGAUGUCAAGGUCACUCAUAUGGACAACUAUUUCAAUGUUAUGCAUCUUAUGCUAACAUGUAGAUGUCUAAGCCUUUCAUGUGUUAAUUUUUUUAUUGUCAGUAUUUUUUUUUAUACCUGCACAUGCUCUAUAUCUUGCAAAUGUGUAAAAAUGUUGUCAACUUCUUAAUUUAUGAAAUAAUUGAUGAAAUAAAAUAAAAGAAACAUGAAAAAUUCA